AACCUUAAAGAAGGAAGAUGUGGAAGACUGUUGUUCCAAUUCUUGCGACUAUUUUCGCCGCUGGGCAGUGCGGCAUGCCUGGGGGAUGGCAAGACGCCGACAUCCACAGUGAGGCUGUCCUAAGUGCGUUGAAUUACGCCGUCGCCCAACACAACAGAGACAACCAAGCAGAUGCAUCCCUCCACAAGGUGGUUCAAAUCGUCUCCGCACAGACUCAGGUGGUCGCAGGAAUUAACUACGAGAUUGUUGUGAAAUUGGGACGGACAAACUGCCAGAAAGGCGAAGCAAACACAGAUUGUACUGUCUACAUAGAUCCAGCUAAGGCUCGGAUUUACCAGUGCACAUUCAGAGUGUGGAGCUGCCCAUGGCUCAAUGACAUUCAUGUCACGAAGAAGAAGUGCUUGAAACCUUCACUUAACUCACCGUGAAAUAUGUGCUACUUUUAACAGUGUAAACAUCUUUCCAUCCUCUGUGUAAUGAAGUCUGCUGUUUUCACAACUAUGAAUGCUGUAAUGCAACAUAAAGUUGAUAAGUUACCAGGAAAAAAUUGUUUAAUGACUUGGUAAAAAAUACAAAUAAAAAAAAAUAAAGUAAAUUUCACUUCUCAGAA